AAUAUGAUACGGAAUAACAUGAAUUCACAAAUCAUGAUGAUUAACAAACUGCUUCUAUCUUGAUACUUAGUGAAUUAAGGAGAGGGAAAGAGAAAAAAAAAAGGGAGAAAUACUGUUCCUUGAUAAAAUCACUCUGCGAGCACUAACAAGUAGCAAUGCGACACUGAUUUAACUCCAGCAUUGGAGUUGAGUUCAAUCAAUCAGAAGAGAAGCCGAGUCUUUGAGGGUAAUUGCGCAAUUAUAUUUAAAGACAGGCGGUGAUGUGAAAUUAAGGGGAAAGGGAGAACCUUUUAACUACACGCUCUUAACUGGCGCGUGGUUUUAAAGUAAAAAGAAAAAAGUCGCAAGCUUUAUUAGCAUGCGGCGGCAAAUAUCAUAAUUCAAAAGAAGAAAACCCUAAUUGGGGUGAAAGAGAGAGGAAGGAUGGGUGAUCGGAAUCAUCAGGAACAAAACCAUCAUCAAGCAGCAGAUUAUUUGGUGAAUUUGUUCACCAAAGCAAACCAUGAUCUCCUCGUGAUUCAGUAUAGGCUCGAGAAGGAGUUUCAACAAAUUUAUCCUGAUAGUGCGAAUCCUAUGAAGUUGGUGUCUCGAAUAAAGAAGAUACAGGAAGAAUUAUCGAGCUUGACUGAGCAAUGCCGUGAGCUUUUAUCAGCCAAACAGGAUUUGAUUGAUAAGGCUAGGACAACUCUUGUUGGGAACAGAAAUUUGCUCCAUCGUAUGCAAACAUCAAUGGCCAUUCCUGUUACCAGUCAUUCUGAUGAUUCAGCAUUCACCAACUUCAACCAGGUCAUUGAUGAAUGGACAGUUCAAGUCAGAUCAAGAAUAGGAGAUGAGACGCAGGAAUCAGAGUCUGAGGAUAUUAAUAAAUUACUGUUCUCAGCUAUUGUUCAAAGCAACUGAAUAACUUUCACUCACUUGUGAUCCCAAGGAUGAUGAGUUGAGAUAUCCACAAUGAGUUGACAUAUUCUAGUGUUACCCAGAACUUUGUGCUUUUAGGUGUUGUAUUGAUUACUGUUCACUGUGUUGAUUGACAUAUUAACUAAUAAACAUAAAAUCUUGUAUAGUUAGCUUUUUUGUAAUGCGUAUGUGUCCUAUUCUUCCAGUACUUUGCAUUUGUUUUUCCAGGAAGGGCAUGAUGCAUUUUAGGGAAAUAGCAAUUCGAAACGGCACUUAGCAUAAUCAUUUCAAGCAUUAAUCA